GCACACUUCUGCCCCACUGAAGUUUGACCAUAACAUCUGCCUCCUGUACCAGUUCCACUUCUCUCCAAGAUCAGCCCAAUAUUUCCUGAGCCGCAACACUCCCUACGUGUCUGCAUCAACCCUCAAUCAUGCGCUUCCUCGCAGCCCUCGCCACGCUCAUGGCAAUCGCCCUCGGGACUGCAGUCCCGGCCUUUCAAGAGCAAGCCUCCCAUGCCGACACGCAGGAGGUGUGCGGCUGGUACUGCUACUACGGUAUCAUCACUCCGUGCCCGGACAUGAACGCCAACAAGGACUGCUUCAACACCUACGAUGUCGUCAACAAGGUUCACAUCGACAACAAGAAGUGCGGUUUGUGUAUCUGGUUUGACGACGAGAACUGCCAGGGUGCCAUCACCUGGUCCGGUGGUCCGAUGGAGCCGGACCAUGUCGAGUAUAUUCCGCACUCCAAGAGCUUUUACUGCCUCUAUGGCAAGUGAGGUGGCUUCGUGGUAAGUGUGCUUUUGGUCCAAGUGCAGUUGUGCUCCUUGACUGACUAGCUGCAGACACCCGCCGGACCGUUUUCUCUCUGGGUU